AUGCUUCCCAGAUCUUUUCUUAGACCUACCCUAUGGUCAAAAGUGAAGCUAACAAAAUCAUGCUCUUCCCGACUGCUGGCAGCUGAUCUAGCCCAGUAUCGUGGAUACGCCGCUGCUGCUCAAUCCAACAACGCAGCCUCAGAACAAGCCAAAAAAUCGGCCGGGAAGAAAGCUUCGCCUCUGUGGCCAAAAAUCAAGGCUUUCACCUCGUUCACCAUCUCUGGAGCUUUGGUAGUGGGUGCUUCGGGACUGGCCGGUCUUGUAAUCUACCUGUUGCUCCAGGAGCUUUUCUCACCUUCUGGAGACACCCGUUUGUUCAACAGAGCCGUUACCAUGGUGGAAUCGGAUCCACAGGCUCGUGAACUACUGAUGUGCAAGGACUCUGAGCACUCUAAAGAGCGUGUGAAGGCCUACGGUGAACUCUUAACUGAUGACAGGUGGACCAGAAACAGACCUAUUUCAUCAACAAGACGUAUGGGCAGAGACGGUAGAGAACACCACUACUUGCGGUUCCACGUGGAAUCCAAACAAAAACUGGCUUUGGUUCACGUCGAGGCACGGGAAAGUGACAAAAAUUACACUCCAGAUUUGAUAUCCAUGUAUAUGGACAUUCCUGGUGAGAAACGUUACUACUUCAUCAAACCCCAGGUUUCAAUUGUCAAGCCCAAGGGCUUUUUGGGCGUGAACUGGGGCCCUAAAUCAUAA